CAGUAUCUGCUGCUAUCAAUCGGAUGAGCCACAAGAAUAUGGAGGUGACUGCCGUGCCAAAUGGUAUUCCGCCACAUGAUGGCUACAAGAAAAAAGAGCUUAACAAUAAUCAUUUACCAAUGAAGAAACCGGUUGGAACCCCUCCUUCGAAUCUCUUCAAGAUGACUGCCGUGCCAAAUGGUAUUCCACCACAUGAUGGUUACAAGAAAAAAGAGCUUAACAAUAAUCACUUACCAAUGAAGAAACCGGUUGGAACCCCUCCUUCGAAUCUCUUCAAGGCCAAGAGUGAAGGAAGCCUGAACGAAGAAGUUGAAAAUAGUCCGCCAGUCAACUACGAUGAUAUGCCAAUCAAACCAGCCAAGGGCGGGCAAUACUAUGAUAUAGAAGAGGGUAGGUUUUUUCUCAAGCUAAAAAAACUUCCAGGCCUGUUAAUUGCUUUUUUCAUUAACAAAAUAUAUGGAUGUUUCAUCCGAAAUUUUCGCAUUUUCAAUUUUACCGUAGCUGGUUGAGU